AGCUACCUUAACUCAACCUUGCUUACCUGCUUAGGUACCUAGUAGGUAGUCAGCCUGGCCUAACCUUACCUCUCUACUACCUAGUAAAGAACACUCAACCUUCAUUUUAUAAAUUCCAUUUUCAAAGGCCAGCAAUGUCUCCCUCGAUGGACAUCAUUCAACUCGAAAACUUCGCUUCCAAAAUGCCACAAUGGAGCCCCAACCUCCCCAACCACCUUUACGCCUUAGUUGACAUAGGAAGCAAUGGGAUACGAUUUUCCAUCUCCGAUUUGUCCCCUCCGCAAACUCGCCUCCUUAGGUGCUUGUAUCGCGAGCGCGUCGGCAUAUCACUGUUUGAUGCACUUAACGCAUCGCCCUCAAGCGGCCCCUUGACAUUUCCACACGAUGUCAUUAACCAGGUCUCUAAGAUAUUAGCUCAGUUCAAGUCCGUCGCCGAUGAUUUUGGCGUACCGGCAGAACAUAUCUCCGUGUUUGCUACAGAGGCAAUGCGGAAAGCUGAUAAUGCAGCUUCAAUGUUAGAUGCUAUCUUAGCAACUUCGGGACUAGGUGUUCAUGUGCUUGCCCCGGAAGUUGAAACUUUAUUCGGUGCCAUGGGUGCCAGGAGCGGAUUCUCUACGGUGAAUGGCUUGCUUCUAGAUUUAGGAGGCGGCUCGGUCCAGAUGACUUAUCUUAACUCAUCGGCAGAUGGCUAUGAGAUGGCAGCUGCACGGACAGGGAGAAGCCUACCCUUCGGAGCAGCUAAGUUGAUCAAAAUUCUUGAGGAUAACGAGACAGAUGCCCAGGUCACGGCGUUAAGUGCACUUCAAGGGGGUAUGCGAGAUGCUUUUGCAGAGCUUCAACAACGAUUUCCAUCGUUGAGAGAUACACAGAUUGACCGCGAUGAUGGUGGCGUCGAGAUAUAUCUUUGCGGUGGAGGUUUCAGGGGUUAUGGCAGCAUACUAAUGCACACCGAUCCUAUCCAACCGUACCCAAUACAUGCAAUUGGAACAUAUACGGUACAGGGUUCAAUCUUUCGUCGGACUCAACACAUGUGUAAAGUCAACGACGAAUACAAUGGCAAAAUCUUUGGUAUGUCGAAACGGCGUCGCCAACAGUUUCCGGCUAUCGCCGCAGUUGUGGAAGCCUUGAUCGAAGCCGUCCCUCAGAUUCGCACUGUCACAUUUUGUAGCGGUGGCAAUCGAGAGGGUGCUUUAUUUAUGAAGCUCCCUAAAGCUAUGAGAGAAGAAAAUCCUUUAUCGAUUCUACAUCCAAUUAGUAGCACGCUGGGACUUGGAAUUGUGCAUUCGGUGCUGGAUAUUUUACAAUCGUCUCUACCCGCAGACGUUGAUAUUUCCAAUAUCCCGACCGUCUUCACUCUAGGACUUGGCCCCCUUUUUGUCGAGAACAUAUGGAUGCGUGUCGGGGAACCAAGGGAUGCCAACGCAGCCUUUGAAUUACAUCAUGCCAUCCACCGCGACUCCAGCGCGCCUGGCCUUAGUCAUUUAGCCCGAGCAGUUCUGGGCCUGACUCUCUGUUCUAGAUGGAAAGCUAGCCUGAGUCCGUCUGAUAAGCUGCUCCAAAGAAAUUUGCAAAAACUUGUCGAUCAAUCAAAUCCCGAGGCUAACUUUUGGGCGGAAUACCUCGGUGCAAUUGCCAAUCUACUUGCCAAACUCUGUCCAGCAAUUCCGAAGGCCGCCGAGAAAGUGAGAAAAGUGGUCAAAUUCAGUUCCACUAUGGAAAAUGGCAAGUCAAAGAACAAACUUCGGCUAAUUGUCUCAAUAUCUUCAGUCGUUUACCAGUCCCUAGAUCAACACGAACUAGAAGCUUAUUUUAAGGAUAUUGGGAAGCAUCGAGGGGGGUCAAACAAGACUAGCACGAAGGUCGAGCUCACUUUACAGAUAAUCGACUCCUAAUUCCAGACAUACCAAGACCAUAACAUUAUACAAAUACGAUCGAAAAUACGAUGCCCGCAUUUUUAAUUAGAAAUGGAAUACCCUUCCGGGAUGCUGAUACUGGCAGCGAAUGUCGUUAAACAAGCAAUAUGCCUUUCGAAGUGUCCCCUUCCCCUAUCAUAACAAGGCAUAAUGCAGGCUCAAAAUGCGAAUGGGUAUCAGCCUGUCGCAAAACUCCUUCGCUAAACCGUCGACCUUCAUCAGAUCAUAGACUCGUAUUGAAAUUCUGCUUGAAACUCCGAAACCUAACCCGAGAUAAAAACAACAGCAAGAAACGAAAUCGCCAAGGAAUUUGUGUUGCGGCAACAUUCUUAUCGCUUGGCUCGCUUUGAU